AUGAGCGUACUGAGCGAGCCGGUAGUUAUUGGACUCGUGCUGCUGAUCUGCACUACUACUGGCCACUGUGAGAUCGAACCCGCCGUGUCUCCCACGGUAGCGAGGAACGACAAGAGCUUGCUCAUGCGGAAAGUGGACACAGUGAAGCACGUGCAGGAGAGCUGCAUUGAGAACGGCGUGAACGCAGCAUCGCAGUCGAUUUCUAGGAGAGAAUCCCGGGUUGAGGCAAGGGAUUUACGCAACCUCAAAAGAGAUAGUGGCGAUCAAGUUAUUGGUGAGUUCGCACAUUGAAAGCUGGGCGUUUCCAUGGACUCUAAAAUAUGUUGUAAAACAGUCCUAAGUGGUGGUGUAAAAAGACCACCAAAGACUGUAAAGAGCAAGGGUGCUGGAUGCACAUCUUCCAAAUACACUGCUCAAAAAAAUAAAGGGAACACUAAAAUAACACAUCCUAGAUCUGAAUGAAUGAAAUAAUCUUAUUAAAUACAUUUUUCUUUACAUAGUUGAAUGUGCUGACAACAAAAUCACACAAAAAUUAUCAAUGGAGAUCAAAUGUAUCAACACAUGGAGGUCUGGAUUUGGAGUCACCCUCAAAAUUAAAGUGGAAAACCACACUACAGGCUGAUCCAACUUUGAUGUAAUGUCCUUAAAACAAGUCAAAAUGAGGCUCAGUAGUGUGUGUGGCCUCCGCGUGCAUGUAUGACCUCCCUACAACGCCAGGGCAUGCUCCUGAUGAGGUGGCGGAUGGUCUCCUGAGGGAUCUCCUCCCAGACCUGGACUAAAGCAUCCGCCAACUCCUGGACAGUCUGUGGUGCAACGUGGCGUUGGUGGAUGGAGCGAGACAUGAUGUCCCAGUUGUGCUCAAUUGGAUUCAGGUCUGGGGAAUGGGCGGGCCAGUCCAUAGCAUCAAUGUCUUCCUCUUGCAGGAACUGCUGACACACUCCAGCCACAUGAGGUCUAGCAUUGUCUUGCAUUAGGAGGAACCCAGGGCCAACCGCACCAGCAUAUGGUCUCACAAGGGGUCUGAGGAUCUCAUCCCGGUACCUAAUGGCAGUCAGGCUACCUCUGGCGAGCACAUGGAGGGCUGUGCGGCCCCCCAAAGAAAUGCCACCCCACACCAUGCCUGACCCACCGCCAAACCGGUCAUGCUGGAGGAUGUUGCAGGCAGCAGAACAUUCUCCACGGCGUCUCCAGACUCUGUCACGUCUGUCACAUGUGCUCAGUGUGAACCUGCUUUCAUCUGUGAAGAGCACAGGGCGCUAGUGGCGAAUUUGCCGAUCUUGGUGUUCUCUGGCAAAUGCCAAACGUCCUGCACGGUGUUGGGCUGUAAGCACAACCCCCACCUGUGGACGUCAGGCCCUCAUGCCACCCUCAUGGAGUCUGUUUCUGACCGUUUGAGCAGACACAUGCACAUUUUGCAGGGCUCUGGCAGUGCUCCUCCUGCUCCUCCUUGCACAAAGGCGGAGGUAGCAGUCCUGCUGCUGGGUUGUUGCCCUCCUACGGCCUCCUCCAUGUCUCCUGAUGUACUGGCCUGUCUCCUGGUAGCGCCUCCAUGCUCUGGAGACUACGCUGACAGACACAGCAAACCUUCUUGCCACAGCUCGCAUUGAUGUGCCAUCCUGGAUGAGCUGCACUACCUGAGCCACUUGUGUGGGUUGUAGACUCUGUCUCAUGCUACCACUAGAGUGAAAGCAACGCCAGCAUUCAAAAGUGACCAAAACAUCAGCCAGGAAGCAUAGGAACUGAGAAGUGGUCUGUGGUCACCACCUGCAAAACCAGUCCUUUAUUGGGGGGUGUCUUGCUAAUUGCCUAUAAUUUCCACCUGUUGUCUAUUCCAUUUGCACAACAGCAUGUGAAAUGUAUUGUCAAUCAGUGUUGCUUCCUAAGUGGACAGUUUGAUUUCACAGAAGUGUGAUUGACGUGGAGUUACAUUGUGUUGUUUAAGUGUUCCCUUUAUUUUUUUGAGCAGUGUAUGUUACGAGUAAUCUGGCUGCAGAAAGUUAUAGGUCUACACUUUGAUCUCCUGUUCCGAACCCCUGUAUUCUUUUUUCUUUCAGAAAUAUUUCCUAGAGAUCUCAGAAAGAAAGAAAAUAUUUUAAAACACCUAACAGGUAAGAUAUACAUCAUAUGGAGUGUGUGUGAUUUGAGUACAGAAAUGUAUGCACUCACUACUGUAAGUCGAAGUGUCUGCUAAUUGUAGUGUUAUUUAUGACCAUGUUUUUUUUCUGCUUGAUUUUGUAUUUAUAUUUUGAUGUGUGUCUUUUCAGUAAUUUAUGUAAUUCAGGGCUCAUCUGUAAAAGAGACCGUGGUCUCAGUAUGACUCCCUGAUAAACUAAAGGUGCAAUAAAAAUGACAAAUAUUUAAAAUGGGUGUAAAAGAUGUGAAAGGAAGAGAAAGGGGAUAGUAGUCUGUCUGCUCUGCUUUAUUAAUUCAAAGGCUUUCUUUGUCCCUCAGGUCCUCUGUAUUUCAGUCCCAAAUGCAGGAAGCAUGUAUACAGACUAUAUCACAACACCCGAGACUGCACAAUUCCUGCAUGUAAGUUCCUCAACCUCUUCAUAUGGCAUAAAUAAUGAUUUCUCCCUGGAUUUAAGCAAAGCGUUUACAAGCACAACACAUGUGUUCUGUAUAAGGGGAGGCAUAGUACUGUCUCCCAGGCAUUCAUCCCUCCUCUUUUUCUCUUAAUUCCUUUUCAGACUUCAAAAGAUGUGCGCGGCUUCUCAAACGAUUAGCGGGGAGCCCACGAUGUACAGAAGGGUAG